AUGAGAUCAUCUGGCUCGUCGAAAAGAUCUAAACUUGGGUGAGUUAGCCAAAAUUAGUCAGUCAAGAAUUUCUUCAAAGUAAUAUUUUCCUUCAGAAACCCAUCGUCAAACUACAAACCGCGUGUUUAUUUGGCUCAUGACAACACAAAUUGGUCGGUUCCUUCGGAAAAAUCACCGGAUACCACAUUGAUUUAUAGUGCAGAGUCAAUUAGCGCCUCAAAUGAGUCACCAAACCCAGCAGAUCAAAUUUUGGAGCAACACUAUCACGGUGUUUUGAACAAGAAGCAAGCGGCACAAAAAACAAAAUUGGACGAUUUCAUUUUGUAUUAUCGUGUAGCGAAAGUUGCGCCGACAAAUCAAGUUCCGUUGUCGAUUCCGCUUUUUAUUUGUCAUCGCAACAGCGAUAAUCAAGUGAGUAUAAGAGUACAGUAACUCUAGCCAUAUUUGAUCUCAAAAUGUCCCUCAAACCCUCAAAACUUACUUUUUUCAGGUUUUCAACUUCCGUGUCCAACAAAUUCUUACCGAAAAUAAUAGUUUGUGGUGGACUGUAAUCAUCAACAAACAACAAACUCAAUUAUUUCGAAAAUUGACAGAUUUGGUGCGCUUCUAUCGAACAUACAGAUAUACACAUCCGGAAACUGGAAAAUCUGAAGUUUUUCCACUUUGGAAAGAUCGUAAAAAUGUGUUCGAUAAUUUGGGAACACCAUAA